AGCCUUGCUUUCAAACUUGCAAAAUCGUAGCGUGAAAACAUCUCUUACAUUCAAAUUAAGCUAAUCUCUUAUUAUUCCAUCGAGACCAUGGGGUUUGAAGUCAGGAAAUAUAAACCACGCGAGCCUAAACUACCUGUUUCUCAGCUAACUAAAGAGCAGUUGAGGGCAAUUUUCAUGGAGUCCGAUAUCAACAAGGACGGUGUUCUCAGCAAGAAAGAGCUAAAGCAAGCCUUCGGUCGUCUGGGUGCAUUUAUCCCCGCCUUUAGAGCCGCCCGUGGGCUCCACCAUGCCGAUGCCAACCACGAUGGGGUUGUAGACAAGGAUGAGUUGGAUGAUCUCAUCAAAUAUGCUUAUCGUCUCGGGUACAAGGUUACUUAAAGCUUUAAAAUGUAAUUAAGCAAGGUUGUGCCACCGUGCAUGCAAUUGCAUAUAUGUGUGUGGUUUGCCGUGGCAUCAAUUGGGGAAAAAAUAAAUAAAUAAAUAAAACUUAUUUUCUGUA